AUCAUUCGGUUUUCAAAAGUUUUACCUAAAAUUUGAAGGCAUCGCUUUGAAGCGAAUUUUGAAAUACUUUUAAACAAAGAAAAUUAUCUGCUCCACUGUGAAAACAAAAGAAUUCCAACUGAAACGAUAAUAUAACUUGAACAAUGGCUAGUGGAAGUGGUAAUUCUGGAAGUGGAGGUAAUAGUGGACGCCGACAUGUACCGUUUCAUUGGAGUGCCGAUGCUGAUGACGAUGUUUGCGAUGAUGAUUUGAUGGACGCCGAUCAAGACUUAACAAAUUUUGUACACAAGUACCGACAGGAACAAGAGCAAAGUUUGAAAAAAACACAGGGUUCGCUAUACUUGCCCUCGUCAAAUUCGACGGGGCCAAAUAAAAAGGACGGUAAAGAAGAUCCUUCGGGUGGAAAUUCUGGACCUAUUUGCGCUCAAUCUUCAAACGACAAGCGUGAUGAUUUAGCUACCGCAAUUCUUAAGCGUAAGGACCGCCCAAACCGUUUAAUCGUUGAGGAAGCCGUCAACGAUGAUAAUUCUGUUGUUUCAUUGUCGCAGGAAAAAAUGGAUGAAUUGCAAUUGUUUAGAGGUGAUACGGUAAUUUUGAAAGGAAAGCGCCGCAAGGAGACCGUCUGCAUAGUGUUAUCGGAUGAAAACUGUCCCAACGAGAAGAUCCGCAUGAAUCGCGUUGUGCGCAACAAUCUGUGUGUCCACUUGUCCGACGUGGUGUCCAUCCAAUCGUGUCCCGAUGUUAAGUACGGCAAACGUGUUCGCAUUUUGCCUAUCGACGAUACCGCAGAAGGUGUGACGGGAAAUCUUUUCGAAAUCUACUUGAAACCAUAUUUCCUGGAAGCUUACCGACCAAUCCACAUGGGUGAUAACUUCAUUGUUCGCGCUGCUAUGCGUCCGAUAGAAUUUAAAGUCGUGCUCACCGACCCGGAGCCCUACUGUAUUGUAGCACCUGAGACCGUAAUCUUCUGCGAUGGCGAUCCAAUUAAACGCGAGGAAGAAGAGGAAUCACUCAACGCUGUGGGCUAUGACGAUAUUGGCGGUUGUCGCAAACAACUGGCCCAAAUCAAGGAAAUGGUGGAGCUGCCACUUCGUCAUCCUUCGCUUUUCAAGGCUAUCGGUGUGAAACCACCUCGUGGCAUUCUCAUGUACGGUCCACCCGGUACUGGUAAAACGUUGAUUGCACGCGCUGUGGCUAAUGAGACGGGUGCAUUCUUCUUCCUUAUAAACGGUCCGGAAAUCAUGUCUAAACUUGCCGGUGAAUCAGAGUCGAAUUUGCGUAAAGCUUUCGAAGAAGCUGAAAAGAAUUCGCCUGCUAUUAUUUUCAUUGACGAAAUCGACGCAAUUGCUCCUAAGCGUGAUAAGACACAUGGUGAAGUGGAACGUCGUAUUGUGUCGCAGUUGCUCACUCUUAUGGAUGGUAUGAAGAAGAGUUCACAUCUGAUUGUGAUGGCCGCCACCAACAGGCCAAAUUCAAUUGACCCUGCGCUGCGUCGCUUCGGACGUUUCGAUCGUGAAAUUGACAUUGGCAUUCCGGAUGCCACCGGUCGGUUGGAAGUUUUGCGUAUUCACACUAAAAACAUGAAAUUGCAUGAAGACGUUGACUUGGAGCAAAUUGCUGCAGAAACUCACGGUCAUGUGGGUGCUGAUUUGGCUUCGCUUUGUUCCGAGGCUGCUUUGCAACAAAUUCGUGAAAAGAUGGAUCUCAUCGAUUUGGAAGACGAUAAAAUUGAUGCCGAAGUAUUGGCCUCCUUGGCCGUGACUAUGGAGAAUUUCCGUUAUGCUAUGACCAAAUCGAGUCCAUCGGCUUUGCGCGAAACUGUGGUGGAGGUGCCCAAUACUACUUGGUCGGAUAUUGGUGGUUUGGAGAGUGUGAAGAAGGAGUUGCAAGAAUUGGUGCAAUAUCCAGUCGAGCAUCCAGACAAAUUCUUGAAAUUCGGCAUGCAGCCCAGUCGUGGUGUACUGUUCUACGGGCCACCUGGUUGUGGUAAAACUCUACUUGCUAAGGCUAUUGCUAAUGAGUGCCAGGCUAACUUUAUUUCGGUCAAGGGACCCGAAUUGCUUACUAUGUGGUUUGGUGAGUCCGAAGCAAAUGUACGCGACAUCUUCGAUAAAGCACGUUCGGCCGCACCUUGUGUGUUGUUCUUCGAUGAAUUGGACUCGAUUGCCAAGGCACGUGGUGGCAAUGUGGGUGAUGCUGGCGGUGCCGCUGAUCGUGUUAUUAACCAAAUUCUUACCGAGAUGGAUGGCAUGGGUGCUAAGAAGAACGUAUUCAUUAUUGGUGCAACCAAUCGUCCCGACAUUAUCGAUCCAGCCAUUUUGCGUCCUGGGCGCUUGGAUCAACUGAUCUAUAUUCCACUUCCCGAUGACAAGUCGCGUGAAGCUAUUCUUAAGGCAAACCUUCGCAAGUCGCCACUGGCUAAGGAUGUCGAUCUUACAUACAUUGCCAAGGUGACACAAGGAUUCUCAGGUGCUGAUUUGACCGAAAUCUGUCAGCGUGCCUGUAAAUUGGCAAUUCGGCAAGCAAUCGAAGCCGAAGUGCGUCGGGAAAAGGAGCGCGCAGAAAAGCAAACCAUGGAGAUGGACGAAGAUGAUCCAGUACCGGAGAUCACACGUGCACACUUCGAAGAAGCGAUGAAGUUCGCAAGGCGUUCGGUGUCAGACAACGAUAUUCGGAAAUACGAAAUGUUUGCACAGACUUUGCAGCAAUCGCGCGGCUUUGGACAGAACUUCAGAUUCCCGGGUGCCAGCAGCACUUCACAAGGUUCUGGACCGAAUGUACCAGCGAAUCCGCCAGGCGACAAUGGUGAUGACGAUCUUUACAGUUAGAUUUUUAGUUUUAAAAUCAAUGAAUAUUAAACAAACCCAUUUGUCAAAUUGAAGUAUGCUUGAACAAGACAAACAACCAUUUCUAAUUUGAAUAAAACCAAUAAUAUAAUAAAAUAAAGAAAAUGAGACUAUGUAA